CUUUCUAUGAGAGAGAUUGACAGAAAUGAAGCAGAGAUGUUCAUUACUGGGAGUGUACAUCAAAUUGCUACUGACGAAACUCUUAAAGGGAAACGCCGGAAACGGACUCGUUUUAGAUACACAUUUCAUGGUAAACCUAUCUGUAAGAAGGCAUUCAUGUAUGUAAAUGAUAUCGGAUCAAAAGCUCUCCGAAACCUACUUGAUCACUUUACUACCAAUGGCGCAAUACCACGUACCCACGGAAACAGUGGAAGAAAACCACACCAUGCCCUCGGUUACAAUGAGAUACGGUUUUGUGUAGACUGGAUUUUAUGGUAUGCUGAUAUCAAUCGUUUACCUAUGCCAGCAGCACCCAGGGGCCGUGACGGGGAAGCCCCUAUUCUUCUCCCGUCGAACCUUACAAAAGCUUCUCUACACAGUCAAUACUGUCAGGCAUGUGAGGAGUCAGAUGUACGGAAGCUCGGAGUGUCAUCAUUCAAAAAUGUAUGGAAAAAUUGCAUUCCACACAUAAAGAUAAUGUCACCAAAAGAUGACGUGUGUCAUAAGUGUGAGCAGUUGCGACAUAGUGUUAUGGAUGCUGUGACGGAGCAAGCAAAACUUGAUGCAGCAAAUUGUCACCGGGAGCAUGUGCAGGAUGCUCAAACAGAACGUCAGGCGUACAUGACAGCGGUUAUUCAAGCGAGAGAAGAGAUGGUAGGUUACACCCGACCGACAAUACCCGUUGCACCAAUUUCCACAGAGUUCAGUAAGGUUCAUAUCACUUUUGACUACAGUCAGAGUGUGACAAUCCCUCAUCACAGUCGACAGAUGGGACCCAUGCAUGUACUUUGUAACAGGCAGGAAAAUAAAUAUGUUCGGUAUCCCUUAAUAGAUGAAGAUCAGUCUAUAGGUUUAGAUGGAACUGGGACACAUGGACUAAAUUCAGUAUUAAGCAUGCUCCAUCAUUGUUUACAUAAUUACGGAUUUGGCGAAAAAGGACUUUAUCUUCAUGCAGAUAAUUGCGGAGGUCAAAAUAAGAAUAGAUACACACUGGCGUAUCUUUGUUGGAGAGUAAACAGAGGGUUACAUGAACACAUGGCUAUUCCCGGGCAUACAAAGUGUCUUGUCGAUGGUGGCUUCGGGCGAAUUAAAAAACUAUUCAAGAGGUCUGAUUGCGAGAGUCUGAGUCAAUUUGCAGACAUUGUGGAUAAAUCGACAAGGAACAAUUUCCGUUUUAUAUCGAAAUGAAAACAAUGAUCAAACAUGGAAAUGGUAUGACUGGAAGUCGUAUUUGACGCGAUAUUUCCUACAAGUGAAAGGCAUACAGAAAUAUCACUGCUUCAGAUUUUCUGCUGCAGACAAGUCGGCUGUGUUUGUAAAGGAAAGAAUAUAUAGCGAGUAGAUUAGAGUUCCGCUGAUAAGACGUAAUACUGAAGUUCUAACAACAACCUUUCCCGAGGUCAUACAGCCCGCAGGAUUAAGUUGUACACGGCGCGAAUAUUUAUACCGUAACGUUAGAAAAUAUGUGCGUCCUGCAUACCAAGAUGCCACGUGCCCGCCAUACACCGAAGAGUGAUUCACGCUGCAUGCAUACAGACUGACUGAUGAAUUUUGUUAUUGUUUUCAAGUUCAGUUGUUACCAUUUUUUAUAAUUAAAGUUUUGCUUUUAACAUUAUUAGGGCCAAGUCUUAUAAUUAUAACAUGUAAUUGUUUUACAUGUUUUAUUCAAGAAUACGAUAAUUUUGAAAAUAGUGUUAUAAAAUAGUUUUUAAAUUAUAUUUUAAUAUCUUACUUUUAUAUAUUUUAGUAUUAUUCUAGUAAGUGCAAAAUUAAAACUUUUGAAACACUUGACUUCAUUUGUUAUCUGAUAAACUACAUUUGACGUCGUCAUAAUUAUUAUGACGUUACGUAAAUCUGUCGUUGACGUUGCAUUAAUGUCCUCUUUUAAACCUCUAUAUCUCAAAAAGUAUUUGCAAUAUCAAUGUGAAAUAAAGUGCGUCGUGCACAAUAAUGCAUGUCCUAAAAUAUUAGCCAUAAA